UGUCAAAAGGAAAUAGGAUCAUGGCAGCAGAUGAUGACAAUGGUGAUGGAACAAGUUUAUUUGAUGUCUUUUCUGCUUCUCCUCUUAAAAAUAAUGAUGAAGGUUCUUUGGACAUAUAUGCUGGGUUGGACAGUGCUGUUUCUGACAGUGCUUCCAAAUCGUGUGUACCAUCCAGAAAUUGUUUGGAUUUAUAUGAAGAAAUCCUGACUGAAGAAGGAACUGCAAAGGAGGCAACAUAUAAUGAUUUGCAAGUAGAAUAUGGUAAAUGUCAGCUGCAAAUGAAAGAGCUGAUGAAAAAGUUUAAGGAAAUACAGACACAGAAUUUCAGCUUAAAAAAUGAAAACCAGUCUCUUAAGAAGAAUAUUUCAGCACUUAUCAAAACUGCUAGAGUGGAAAUAAAUCGCAAGGAUGAAGAAAUAAAUAAUCUUCACCAAAGACUGUCUGAGUUCUCACAUUUUCGAAAUAAUCACAAAACUCUAAGGACACCAGAUAUAGUUAAAACAAAAGAUCUUAAAUCCAGAUCUCCCCAUUUGGACGAUUGUGCAAAGACUGAUCUCAGAGUGAAAAGUGAUGUUUCUAAAGAUGUACAUCAUAGCACUUCACUGCCAAAUCCCGAAAAGGAAGGAAAAUCACAUUGUGAAAAAAAGAGCACUUUGUAUUUGUCUCCAUUUACUGAAAAACACUGCAACAAUGGCAUUUGGUCACGUUCCCAUUAUCAGGUUGGUGAGAGUAUCUCAAAUGAGGAUAAUAGAAGAGGGAGAAAAGAUAUUAGACAUAGCCAACAUAGCAGAGGAACGGAUAGAAUACGGAAAGACUUAAAUUCUAGUUGUGGUGAUAGUGAAUCAAGGAACACAGAGGCUAGUCAAAGGCUACAAGGACGUCCUGAGAAAUAUGGUAAAGGUGAACCAAAGGCUGAAAGUAAAAAUUCAAAGUUUAAAAGUAAUACAGAUAUGGAUUAUAAAAAUGAACGCAUUAACUCUUGGGAAAAAGAGACCUUUAGAGAAAGGUCACAUACUCGAGUAGAAUCUCAAAGUGACAAAAAACUAGAAAGACAAAGUGAAAGAUCACAGACUAUAAAUAGAAAAGAACUUAAGUCGCAAGACAAAGAAGAAAGAAAAGUUGAUCAGAAACCUAAAUCCGUAGUAAAAGACCAGGAUCAUUGGAGAAGAUCUGAACGACCAUCACUUACUCAUUCCAAGAAUGAAAUAAAAUCUCAUAAUUCAAGUAAAUACCAUCUAGAAGAGAGAAGAGGAAGGGAAGAUUGUAAAAGAGAUAGGGGUGUAAGUAAUCAUAGUUUUCAAGAAGGAAGAUGUCCAUCCUUUUUUUCAUUCAGCAGAACUCAUAAACACACUGACUCCAAAGAAUCUGAUGCUGUGCACCAGUGGGAAAAUACACCUUUAAGAGCAGAACGGCAUAGGACUGAAGAUAAGAGGAAAAGAGAACGAGAAAGCAAAGAAGAAAAUAGGCAUAUAAGAAAUGAAAAAAGAACACCUACAGAACAUUUGCAGAAGACUAGCAAAGAAACUAAGAAAACCACUACGAAUUUAAAGAGACAGAAUGAGCCCAAAAGUGAUAAAGGUGAAGUCUCUAACAAUGAGGUUUCUGAAGGAGCGGAUAAUAAAGAGCCUGCAAUUAAAGCUGACAGUGGUCCAAAUGAAACAAAAAACAAAGACUUAAAGUUGAGUUUUAUGGAAAAAUUGAACUUAACCCUUUCUCCUGCUAAAAAGCAGCCUGAUUCUCAGGAUAACCACCUGAAAAUAACCAAUAUCCCCAAAUCCAGUGGCAUAUGUGAUUUGGAGUGCUUGGUUCAGGCGACAACAGUGACAUGUGUGUCCUCUGUCAGUGAACAUACCGCAGAGGAAACCAAAUCAAAGUUAUUGGAACCAAAGGAUGCUCUUGCAGUUGCAUCUGAACCCAGGACCAGUAAUCCAGAAAGGAAAAUGGAAGGAGAGAGUGUGUUGGUUAAAUCUGUUGAGAAUACUAUGGGUUGUGAUGUGCCCAUUUGUGGUACAGAGACUUCCUUCUCAGCACCUGUGGAAAUGGAACAAACAGAAUCCUUGUUUCCAUCAUCAACAGAAAUGGGACAAACCAUUAAUGGUGCCAGGGAAGCAGUUCCUGUGGUAAUGGACAUAUUACAAACAAAUGUUUCUCAAAACUUUGGCUUGGAAUUGGAUACUAAAAGAAAUGUUGAUUUAAAUUCUUGUAGUGUUUCUGAAGGUAUGGAGAUGAAGGAGCCUUCUGCAACAAAAGUAGCUGAAUCCAGUGACAGCAUUUUGCAGCCUUCAGUUGAAGAAACUGAAAUUUUGCCAGUAGCCCUUUCAGAAGAUGGUAACCCCAAAUUUGAGCCUUCUCUUGUAGAUACACCAUUGGAUGAAAGUAAGUCUUGUCAUUUGGAGCCUUGCUCACCUAAAGAGACACAAGAAUCUUCACUUCAGCAGUCUGCGAUAGUGGACAACAGAAUGGAAAUCGGUGAAACAAACUCAGUAUAUAAUGAUGAUGAGAAUUCAGUUUUGAGCAUUGACCUCAAUCACCUGAGGCCUAUUCCAGAAGCCAUCAGUCCUCUGAAUAGUCCAGUGAGACCUGUAGCAAAAGUUCUUAGACUGGAAAGCCCAUCUCAAGUUUCAUUAUGUAAUAACAGUCAUAAAGAUAUAUUUCCACCAGAUUCGGCUCAAUCUACCUCUAAGAGCAAGUCUGAUCUCAAUAAGGAAAAUCAAAAGCCAGUUUGCAAAUCUGACAAAUUUACAGAUGCAGACUACCAUAAGAAUUCAUCUUUAGAUGAAUUGGAAGAAGGAGAAAUUAUAAGCGACAGUGAAAAAUCUAAACCACAAGAAAGUUUUGAAAAAAGUGCCAAACCUAGAACUUCUACUGAAGUCCAGAAUGCAAAAAGUAACCCAGGAAGUAGGAAAAGUACUAUGCACUUGGGUAAAGACAGUAGGAAAACAUCUAUAAAAAUUCAUCAGACCAAAAGCAGAUGGAAUAAUAAUAGACAAAGUGAAUCUAGCAGAUCUUCAAAAACAGAGAGGAAAGAUAAGACCAUGAGUACCUCCAGCCUGGAAAAAAUAGUUCCAAUUAUUGCUGCACCCUCUUCUGUACGAGAGAUUAUGCACAUGUUACGAAUGAUAAGAAAACAUGUAAGGAAAAAUUAUAUGAAAUUCAAGGUAAAAUUUUCAUUAAUACAAUUUCAUAGAAUUAUCGAGUCAGCAAUUUUGAGUUUUACAUCACUAAUUAAACACCUUGACUUAUCCAAGAUCUCAAAGUCAGUGACUACUUUACAGAAUAAUCUCUGUGAUGUUAUAGAAUCCAAACUUAAGCAAGUUAAAAAGAAUGGCAUUGUGGAUCGUUUGUUUGAACAGCAGCUACCAGAUAUGAAAAAAAAAUUGUGGAAGUUUGUAGAAGAACAGCUGGAUUAUUUGUUUGGAAAGCUUAAGAAAAUCUUAGGAAAGUUUUGUGAUUCCAUAAACUUUGGCAGUGACAGUGAUGAAGGAAAACGUGAAAAGAUAAAUAAGGAGAAAGCACAAUAUUCAAAUUGUCAGAAGGGGAAUGUGGACAACUCCAGCAAAGAAAUGCUGAAAGAGAAAUCCCCCAAAUCAGAAGAUUCUGUUAAUCAUAAGUCUGCACUUGGAUGUAAAAAAUCUGAGGAAAAACCUAAAGAUAAUUUCAGUAUUAACACCGUAAAGCGUGACAUUAAAAAAAGUUCUAACACUUGCUUUGAUAACAUUAAGAACUCUCAGUCUGAAGAACGCUCCUUGGAACCAAACUGUCCCAGCAUCCCAAAGCCAGGAAAAAUGGAAGGCAACACCAUAGAGGAUGCACAAACAUCCCAGCAUGCAGCUUUGAAGCCAGAACGCAGUUUCGAGAUUCUUACUGAACAGCAAGCAUCUAGCCUUACUUUUAAUUUAGUGAGCGAUGCACAGAUGGGUGAAAUAUUCAAAAGUUUGUUACAGGGUUCUGAUCUUUUGGAUAACAGUGUUAAUUGUAAUGAAAAAAGUGAGUGGGAGUUAAAGACUCCAGAAAAACAGCUGCUGGAGAGUCUUAAGUGCGAAUCUAUACCAACUUGUACAACUGACGAGCUGGUUUCAGGGGUGGUUUCUCCAUGUCCUAAAAUGAUUAGUGAUGACAAUUGGUCAUUAUUGUCAUCUGAGAAAGGUCCAUCUUUGUCUUCAGGACUUUCUUUGCCAGUUCAUCCUGAUGUGUUGGAUGAAAGUUGUAUGUUUGAAGUGUCCACUAAUAUAGCUUUGAGUAAAGAUAACGGAUGUAGUUCAGAAAAGAGCAAGCCCUGCAUUUCCUCCAUACUUCUUGAAGAUCUCGCAGUCUCUUUAACAGUACCAUCACCUCUGAAGUCAGAUGGUCAUCUCAGUUUCUUAAAGCCUGAAGUUUUGUCUAGUUCAACUCCUGAAGAAGUUAUUAGUGCCCAUUUUAGUGAAGAUGCCUUACUUGAAGAAGAGGAUGCAUCUGAACAAGAUAUUCAUUUAGCUCUGGAGUCUGAUAAUUCGAGCAGCAAAUCAAGUUGUUCUUCAUCAUGGACAAGUCGGUCUGUUACUCCAGGCUUUCAGUACCACCCCAACCUACCCAUGCAUGCUGUCAUAAUGGAAAAGUCCAAUGAUCAUUUCAUUGUGAAAAUACGGCGUGCCGCACCAUCUACCUCCCCUAGUCUUAAACAGAAUAUGGUGGCUGACGAGUCACUGGUAUCGUUGCCCAGAGUGGAAAAAGAAGCAGAUAAAGCAGUGGAGAAAGAAUAUGUUUCAUGUCAGAAUGGAGUUUUUAAAUCUGUGGAGGAAUUAAAUUCCAACAACAAUGUUGACAGCAGUAAAUCAGCUCAUGAAGAACAGGACUGUAUGAUACAAACACAGGUUCCUGAUAUAUACGAAUUUCUUAAAGAUGCUUCAGGUAAAGUGAGUCAUGGUAAUGAAGUGGCUGAUGAGUGUUUCAAGUUGCAUCAAGUAUGGGAACCAAAAGUACCUGAAAGCAUUGAAGAAUUGCCUCCAAUGGAAGAAAUUUCACAUUCUGUUGAGGAUCAUCUUCCAGACACAUAUAUAGACCUCACAAAAGAUCCAGUCACUGAGACCAAAAACUUGGGGGAAUUCAUAGAAGUAACAGUUUUAAAUAUUGAUCAGUUGGGAUGCUCUGAAGGCAAUUUGGACCAGAAUGCUCAAAUACUAGAUGAUAUGCAGCCUGAUACUGUAGAUGCUUUCAUUGAUUUGACACAAGAGGUUUCAAGUGAGAGUAAAAAUGAGAGUAACCAUCCUGUUUUAGGUGUUGAACGCUUGGAAUGUCAGGUGAUAUGUGUAGAUGAAGAUAACUGUAAGGAAGGAAAGGUGCAAGUGGCAAACGGGCCUUUGGAAUGCAUUGUUGAGAAAGCCUGUAUCGAUUUGACUUCAGAACCUCCCAGUUCAUGUGAAGUAAAAAAGGAUGACUUAAAACCAGAGUCGGCAUCAAAUUCUGAUAGUUCAGUGUUGCCUGGGACUUUGGAUAAUGCUCCUAAAAAGAGAAAAAAACUUUCUGAUCUAAAUCAUUCUCAUAAAAAACAGAGAAAGGAAACAGACUUAACCAGUAGGGAAAAGACUAAGAAAAUUACCCAUGAUUCUUCUGAGAAUGGUGAAGCUCACCGAAAGAAAGCCAGUAAGAAAAAGGCCCCUGCAGUGACUAAAGAUCUCUCAUCAUUGAAGUCAAGCCCAGGGAUCGAGGAGCUGUCAGCAACUGCCACUUCUCCUAUAAGCCUUUCUGCAAAGAAUGUUAUUAAAAAGAAGGGAGAAAUUAUAGUUUUAUGGACAAGAAAUGAUGACCGGGAAAUUUUAUUGGAGUGUCAAAAAAGAGGGCCAUCAUUGAAAACAUUUUCUUAUUUAGCUGCCAAGUUGAAUAAAAAUCCAUAUCAGGUCUCAGAAAGAUUCCAGCAGCUAAUGAAGCUUUUUGAAAAGUCAAAAUGCAGGUAG